AUGUCUAGAAUAACAUAUUUCUUUGGGACACCACCAGUCCAACCUAGGCAUACUUCUCAAGUGUCGAAUGUGAGAGUAGUCGAAACACCAGGUAAUGGGGAUGGUUUAUGUAUUCAACGUCAAACCACAGAAAGAGGCGAAGAGGAACAUUUGGAACAAAAUAUACCUAGGGUAGUACAAAGAAAUCAGGAUGCAGAGCAAGUUUUAAGAAAUGUUCAACAAAAUAAUUUUAUGGGAAAUAAUAACAUUUCAAAUGUGGUAGAACAAAUCUUAGUCCAAAAUGGUAUAAAUGUGGGUUUGCAUAGACCCAAUUUUGUAUCCCCUUUGUCAGAAUAUAUUAGACAAACAGAGUUACCUAGGGGUUGGAAAGUCCCAAAGUUUACAAAGUUUGCUGGUGAGACGGGCGAAUCUACAGUCGAACACGUUGCUAGGUUUCAAACAGAAGCAGGUGAUCUUGCUAAUAAUGAAAACUUAAAAUUAAAAUACUUUCCUAGUUCUUUAACAAAGAGUGCUUUCACUUGGUUUACCACUUUGCCACCUCAAUCAGUGUUUUCUUGGAACCAGUUAGAGAGAUUGUUUCAUGAACAGUUUUAUAUGGGACAGUCUAAGAUAAUUUUGACAGAGUUAGCAGAUGAGUUUGACUCAGACAAUAGUUAUGAUGAAAACGAGAUUAAUGUGGAUGAGUUAAAACCAGGGCCUCCUUAUGUUUGUAAACUACUCACGCCUUCGAACGGAAAAAAUCCUGUAGAAGAAAACCAAAAUGAAAAGUUCACAAAUAAAACUUAUACUUUUGAUAUAACAAAAUGUGAUGAGAUAUUUGAUUUGUUAGUUGCUGAUGGACAAAUCAUUGUGCCUCCAGGAUUAAAAAAUCCUCCAUUAGAACAAAAAAAGAAGAGAGGAUAUUGUAAAUUUCAUAAUUUUUUGGGCCAUAAAACAUCUCAAUGUGUGCUUUUCAGGGAUUUGGUGCAGAAGGCUUUGAAGGAAGGGAUGCUGCAAUUUGGUGGGAAGCAAAAAUCAUCAAUGCAAGUGGAUGAGAAUCCAAUGAUGGUUGGAGAAUCCAACUACACUGAAGUUGCUGGUAUAAUGAUGGUCGAAACUACUAAGGGUUUUGACAAAGAAAAAGAUAUGGCUACUGAUGGCCAGAUAUUGAGCAUGGCUUACCCAAAGCCACCUGAAAGUCUGUUGAAGUUUUUGGAAAGGUGUCACAAAAAUAAUACACAAGUUGGAUUGUGCCCAAGGUGCGACGCUGUGUAUGACGUCGACGCUGCCAAAAUAGUCAAUUUUGGUUUGCAGGAGAAAGCAGUAUGA